AUGUUCUGUUGUUUAGGUAGGAAAAAACGGGACAAUGAAAUGGAAAAAAAAAAUUGCAAAAAGGAAAUGGUAGAGAGAUUUAUAUUACAAAAUUGUAAAUCUAAUGAGGAUGUAAUUGAUAAAUUUAAUAGAGGAUUCUUUGAAUGAAUCAUUAGAUGAGAGUAAUAUGAUUAUAAUAAACGAUGUUAACAAUUAACAUAAAUAGAAACCUUGGUCAGGAAUUCAGUGGCAAAUGAUUAUCCAAACAAAGAGUUUAAAUUAAAUUGAAUUGUAAAAUUGAGUCACUAAUUUGAGAGAUGAAAUAAAAAGUAAUAUAAGAUUUGGAAUUUUAUAAAAUUUAAGACCAGCUACAUGGUUUUGGAUUACAGACAUAAAAAAUACAUAAAUGAUAAAGCAUUCAUCAAAUAUUUAUUAAAAAUUGAAAUCAUGUGAGUCUCAAUACGAUCAAUAAAUAUUUAAGUGUAUUAAAUAAAUGGAUAAAAAAGUAUAUAUUAUUAUUAAAUUUAAGUACAAUGAUUUAGUUUUUGAUAUUUUAAGAGCUUAUGCCAAUUAUGAUGUUGAAAUAGGAUUUGUGAAAGGGAUUGAAUAAAUAGUAGAAUAUUUAAUAUAAUAAUUGGAUCCUGAAUAAUACAAAAAUUUAGAUUACUCAUAUAAUUAAUUUAAUAGAAUGUGUGAUUAUUAUGAGUAAAUGGUUUUUUGGAUGACUAUUCAUAUUCUAUUUAAUUUGAAUUAUCGAAGAAUACUAAAAUAAAAUGUGAGUUUUAUUGAAACUGAUAAAUUUAAGAAUACACUUAUGCCUUAAAUUAAAUGUUUGAUUGAAUAGCUAUAAGUUAAAAUAAGUGAUUUAAUUGAAACUCCUUUGUUAUUUUAUUUUUGGAAAUAAUUAAAAAAGGAAGACUUUAAUAGAUUAUUCGAUGUAUUUCUUUUUGAAGGAGAAUGUAAGAGAAUAAUGAUUUAUAAUAGCUAUACUACUACAAAUUCUAUUAAAAUUUUUAAAAAUAUCAGAAGAACUAGUUUGUUAAUUUUAAACAUUAGCAGAUUUAAAGAUCUUUCUAAAUUAAACAUUAAUUCCAUUUGGUAUUUCAAAGAUAGAAAAGAGUAAUUAAAAAUUAAUGAAUUUCAUAUUAUGA